AUGCUAUUUUCUAUAGUUAUUAUUUUACUUAUAUAUAUCGCUUUUAACCAUGCUAAUAUUUAUCAUAUAAAUAGAUUAGCAUCAUUAGGAUUACUAUAUGUCCUAUAUCUAGCUUAUAAUAGUUUAGAUUUAAGAUAUAGUUUAUAUACUGUAUAUAAUGAUUGAUUUAAACUUAAUGAUACUAAUAUUCCUUUAGUUUAUCUUCAAAUUCUUUUAGUUAUUUUCUUAUUAAUAUAUACUACAGUUAAACAACGUUAUGAUAUAUCAUCAAUAUGAAUAUAUUUAUUAAUAAUAAUUAAUUUAAUAGGGUUAAUUUUAUUCCCUAUGGUUAAUGAUUUAUUAUUAUUAUAUAUUAUAAUUGAAUUACAAAGUUACUCUUUAUAUAUUAUUACUGGUGUACAUCAUAAAUCUUAUAAUGCUACUAGAGGUAGUAUGUUAUAUUUUGUAACUGGUGGUAUAGCAUCUAUUGGUAUAUUAUUAUCCUCAUAUUUUGUAUAUAAUACUGUUGGUAGUUGUAAUAUUACUGAUAUUACUAAUUAUUAUGCUAUACAUAAUGCAAGUAGUUUAUUUGAUAGUUUAGAUAUUUUAGUAUUAGCUUUAAUAUUUAAAAUGGGAUUAGCUCCUUUACAUUCAUGAAGUAUAGCUGUAUAUAAUUAUGCACCUACUUAUAUAACUGGAUAUAUCUCAAUAGUUGCAAAAGUAUCAAUAUUAUCAUGAAUUUAUACUAAUUCUAAUUUAAUACAUUCUGAUUUAUUAAUAAUAGUAUUCUAUUUAUCUAUUAUAAUAGCUGCUUAUAAACCAUUAUUCCAAGUUAAUUUUAAAACUAUAUUAGCAUAUAGUGGUAUAUUAAAUUUUGGAUAUUUAUUAUUACCUGUAUGUAUACAAGAUCCAUCAUAUUAUAUAUAUAUUAUACAAUAUGUUAUUACACAUAUAUUAAUAUUCUUAUGUUUAUUAACUAGUAAUCAAUUUAUUACUAAACCUAAUAGUCAAUGAUCACCUAUUGUUAAUGUUAACCAAUUAGUAAUACCUAACAAAUUAUUAUCCCUUUGUUUAAUAUUAUGUUUCUUCUCAUUAAUUGGUAUUCCUCCACUACCUGGAUUUUAUGGUAAAUUCUAUAUCAUUCAAAGUUUAAUUAAAUAUAACUUUACUGUUGAAGCUAUAUCUAUUGUUAUUUUUAGUGUUAUAGCUACUUAUUAUUAUGCAUAUGUAAUAAAACAAUUAGCUACUAAUUUAAUGAUACCUUAUAAUUUACCUAUUAAUAAAUCAUUAGCAUUAAUUAUUAGUAUAUUAUUAGUAUUCUUUAUUACUUAUUUCGUUUAUAUAUUUAACUUAUUAGAUGUGAUUACUAUUAUAUUAUCAUAA